UUCGUAUUAGCAUUUUAUAUUUUGCUUUAAGUGAAUCGACGAAACAAAAGUUUAUUUUAUUUUGAACAAACAUGUGAUGUAUCAUCUCACCGAAUACAUUAAAUAGUUUGGAUAAUAUAGUAUUGUAUGACAAUGGAACCGGUCACACGGAGAUGGUUCCCGUUAUUCUUCUUAGGCAUAUUGGUUCUCCAAAGUGGUUUCAUGGAUUGUUGGGAUGCUGGAAGAGGUCGUACACGUUCUUCGAAUUCUAAAAGAACUCAUGUUAGAAAAAGUAGGGUUACCUCAACUUCCGAAUCAUCUAAUUCUCGUGAAAAUAACAAGCUGAUUGGUAUAAUUAUAGGUUCUGCGAUAGGUGGUUUAAUUGCUCUAACUAUAACAGUAUUCUUAGCUUACUACUUCUGCUCUUCUAAAAGAUCUAGUCGGCAAGUUACAGCAGUAUCCAAUGAAGUUCAGAUGGACCAACAAAGCCAUGACAGUUUCUGAAAUAUAUCAUUGCUUGAUAUUUAUUUUUAAUUGGAUUUUUUUCGUUACAUUUAAAAUAUUAAAACUAUCAAAAAGUGAACAACAACAUUAUAUUAAAGUGUUGUACAGUGUUAUGUCAUUAUAAAUAAUACAUAUCAUGCUGUUUUAAUCAAAGUGUGGACUAUUGCUAAAUCAAUCAAUUUUGACG